GUACUGCUUCUCCAGCCCAACCCUGCCAACUUCCACCUUCGUGGCCCCGCCCCGUCGGGACUGAGGUGCUGACGCUGCUCAGAAUGUCAGAAGGAAGGCAGACACGGUUGAAAAUGAAGUCAUCUGUGGGCACGGAAGAGUUACAAUUGUAACUUAGCCUGGGGGGAAAAUUGGCCUCUGUCAGCAGCCAAUAAAGGAGGAGUUUGUGCAUCUGACUCAUAAUCAGCAGAGCACAAGAGUGCGUUGCAGAAGUGUGCUGGGUUGGAGAUACUCUCUUCUCUUCUCCAGAGCAGCUGACCACUAUUAAGCCUGCGUAUUCACUGCUCACAUUCUUUGAGUCCUUUUCUAAACAUCGCAAAAUGUCAAACCUGAUGCCCAUCCUUUCCCAGAAAGAUCUGGAGAGUGUUUGUCUAACUAGGACGGGAUUUGGCUUUGCUCUCAAAGCCUUCCAUGCACCUUCGAAUAUAGAUGUCUCCUUGAAGUUGUUGACUAGCCAGGAAACAACAGAGAGAGAUUUAAAGGCACUUCUUCAAGAGGUAGCCAGCAUACAUUGCAUACAGUGCAACAGGCUCAUGCCUCCUGUUGGGAUCUACCAGUUCCAAGGAGUCCUUGGGGUGGCCACUGAAUGGAUGCAUAAUGGAUCUCUCAAUUUGCUCAUUCAUGAGCAUGAACUCUACCCAGAGCUGCCUUUUCCUCUCUGUGUAAGAAUCCUAGCAGAUGUGACAGAGGGCCUAAGUUAUCUACACAGUUUGAAGCCUCCCGUCCUUCACCACAGCCUAAAACCCUCAAAUGUCCUACUAGAUCUGCAGUACAGAGCUAAGAUAUCAGACUAUGGCCUAGCCACCUGGAGAAGGCAGCAACUAAGAUCUGUCUUACAGAACUGUAACAACAGAAGCUGUUGGGAUUUGCUUUAUCUCUCCCCAGAAAUACUUCAAGGGGGUAGCUUCUCACAAGAAGAUGAUGUUUACAGUUUUGGAAUGAUGUGCUGGGAAAUCCUAGUCAGACAGAAGCCAUUGAAAGGCAAGAAGUCUUUGAUGGAAGCUGUGACCGGAGUCUGCAGUGGCUUGCGCCCUGGGAUUGAACCAGAGUUCGUACCAAACAGUCUGCCACAUAGCAACAAGCUGCUACAGCUCAUGGCUCUCUGCUGGCACCAAGAGCCCAGCUACAGACCACAUGCUACAGAAUGCUCAGUACUUCUACGGGAAAUUCUUGGCACAUUUAGGAAGGAGAUGAUUUCCGACGCAAUAUACAACUUGAUUCAAGCAAAGGACUGUGCAAUAGAUUCUGCCAAAGGUCCAGUUUCUCAUGCACUUAAAACACAUGCGUGCAACUUAGAGGUUAUCUGUCCUCAGAACGACAACAGGCUCAACAAGGAAGUUACUCUAAAAUCGCAUAGCUUGUCUGACCUUCACCUUGAGCGUGGUGCAGGAAGGACAGGGAAGGACGGCAGCCAGACAGACUUGGCCAGCAACACUACUCAAAACAGAGCGCUAGAAAGAGGUCAUCUCUUCUGUGGCAGCAAAGAGUCAAGUCCUCCGCAUUCCUCUUCCCCUUUCCUUAUUCCCGAUUCAAGCCUACUUGUAAAAAGUCCUUCCACAUUUUGCAAAGAGUCAGAGGGCUGGCAACCGCAGCUGCCGCGACUAGUACAGGCAUCUGAUGACAGCCUUCCGUACAGCAACCUUCGGAACAAUAGGCUUGAAAACCCAGUAACAGGUCCUUACUGCAAAGAGGGAAACUGCUCUAUCCUAGCCUGCGGGCGAGAAACUAUCUUGAGAUGCAUGACGGAAGGGCGCUUGAACCACCUCCUAGACGUUCUGCGUUCCCAGCAGCUCUUGUCCAGGAUGGACUACGAAAUGAUCACUUCGUUCCCCACCUUGACUGGCCGGGCCCGUGCUUUGCUCGACACUUGCCUUGGCCUUGGGGAGAAGGCAGCCCAGACUGUGGUGGCUGUUCUGUCAGCCAGCAAGUGCAGCCCUUUCCUACGAAGCAUCCAGGCAAACACAGUAAAUUAAAUGAUUUAUCUCACAGCAUUUUGGAGAGUUGGUUAAAAAGGAAAAAAGUCUGCGAACUGAUGAUUUGCAGCGGCCUUGAUCCUUUGCACCAUCGUUACCCUACGUCAUGGAUUAGAGCCUUGCAUGACUUCUGCUCAGAGAAGGUUAUCUUCUGAAAGAAGAAGCAUGAGCUGGAUGAAAAGGUCAAGCCACCCGCUGCCUGAAGCAGUAACAGCUGCAUCCUUUUAAUACAGUCACCCAGUGAUGGAAUGAUGGUGUGGCUGGUCAAGUUUUGGCUCUUGAGCUCCUUGCUCUUACUCGAGGAGGACAGACCACAGGACCCCUUGUUUUUCUGUCAUCUGAGAGCAGACUGCUGAAACUUGGCAAAUAAUGUUUAAAAAGGAAAGGGCAUUUAAGGGCAGUGCUGCCCCUGUGAAGCAGAGAGAAAAAGCUGCCAGACUGAGCAGAAUUAAAUAUAACUAAGCCAUCACCACAGCAGGCGCCUUAUUUAAAACAAAAUUUCAUUAAUGGCGGCGUUUCAGGUAGGCUUUCAAGCAGUCAGUGAGGCAUUUUGCUCAAGUGUUCUUGAACAAAUUAUUUCUGGUGCCUGCCCCUGAAAUUUAGGUGGCGUGCAUGUGGAGAACUUCUGAAGUGAUGCUUUUGAACGUGCUAGUGUGAAGACUGUUAGCAUUCUGUUGCUAGCUGUGUCUGCUGAUAUCAGCAGGGGAUGUUGUAUACUUGGCCGUGUGCAGAGGCCCAGAGGAUGGUGGGGAAGGAAGGCUUAUGUAGGCACCUGGAUCAACCUGCUACCAAAGACAGGCAGGUUUAUAUACAAUUAUUUAAAUUAUUUGAAACAAUUAACUGUCUACUACCUUUCAAUAAAUUCCAGAAUGGUGUACAAUAUGCUAUUAUUACCAAAAAUCAGGCAGUUUUUGAAACAAGCGGUUGCUGAGCGUGUAAAAAUAUGCACGCAAAGAUGAAUUAAAAUAGCUUUCCAGAGGCUCCCACAUAGAUAAAUGAGAGUCGCUAUGCCCAGUGUGAAGAAAGGUAACAGGUUGGCGCAAAAGUGACUAGAACCCAUUCUUUGAUUUGUGAAAUUUCUAAAAGUUUGGAGCCUGACUUGGGAUGAUUACUUUUUAAAAAUACGUAUGUGUGGACAGAGAGAGGAAACCUUCUGAACUUUUAAUUUAUGGCUUGUGCCUUUUGUAUAAAAAUAAAAAU